AGGCAGUUGAACACAACUUACGAAUUUACACGACCAAGAUACAAGAAAAUAAAAAGAGAUUUUAUUAAAUUUCCAAAAAUUUCCAAGUCCAUAGCGCUUCGAGGGAGAGUCCUUUUCUAGUAAUUUAUGAAAAAUGAAGGAAGGAAAGAUAUGCUAAUGAGCUGAUAAUAGAAUAAAUAGACUUUAUGAAUGAAUCAGUGAAAUAAAUAAACAGCCUUAGCACACUGAGAUUUUGUCUGCGAAGUGGAAUACGUAAAAUUAAUGAAUAAGACUUACUUCAGAUGACAAGAAUAUAUCUACGAAGAAACCUUCAACUUAUGACUAAUGAAUGAAAGUUAGAAUAUAUCUAAAGAAAACGAACUAUUUCAGUGAAAUUGCUUCAUAUGGAAUAUGUACGAUGAGCCUGUGUAGAUGUUUUAACAUUAAGAAUAUACAGGGAUAGUUAGCUCUAACGACAGAUAAUACAUCUUCAAGAGACGAGAUAUUCUAUAAUUGCUUGCAAAUAUAUUUCAGGACGUUAUAUAUGUGCACAAAUAUAUGUGUGCGCGCAUGAAUGUUUGAAUGUAUUUUGUGUAUAGAAAUAUACGUGAAUGUAUAAAUAUACAUUCAUGUGUGUACACAUAUUGAGAAGUAUAGAUUGCGUCAACUAAAACUCUAAAGUUGAUAGUUCGUUUAAUGUCCUAACUUAUGGAGAGAAAACGAAGUCAACAAAACAGGUUUAACGUAGGGAACAAUGAAAGAACUGAAAUAUAAUCGACAGCCAAUCAGAAUCAGCUAAUUUAAUGUUGUUGGACGUCAUUUGGACGCCUUCUCUCAUUGGUUAAUUAUAAGCUCAACUCUUUUACUAUGCCAUGCCCGCAACUACAAGGAAUCUCGUAUCCCUCGUCUUCCUAUCAGUCAUCCUGGUUGGAAGCUAUGGCACUUCAUCCCGCUUCGAUAACGCUACUAAUACGAUUAAAGCGUUGCUUAAGGGAUAUGAUAUACGACUUAGACCCCAAUUUGGAGUACAAGCUUUAAGGAUCGGUAUGGAAAUUAUUAUUGCCAGUUUUGACAGUAUUUCUGAAGUCAAUAUGGAUUAUACCAUAACGCUAUAUCUUAAUCAGUAUUGGAUCGAUGAACGUUUAGUUUACUCAAACAAUUCAGACGAUAAUCUCACCCUGACUGGAGAUUUUGCCGAAAACAUCUGGGUGCCAGACACAUUCUUUGCCAACGACAAAAACUCGUUUCUCCAUGACAUCACUGAGAAAAAUAAGAUGAUCCGGUUGUUCGGAAACGGAUCAAUUGUAUACGGCAUGAGGUUUACAACAACCUUGGCCUGCAUGAUGGAUUUGCAUUAUUAUCCACUAGAUGUCCAGAAUUGCACGGUAGAAGUUGAAAGCUAUGGUUACACCAUGGUGGAUGUUAUCAUGUAUUGGCGCAAUGGCAAAGAUGCAGUUAUGGGUGUUGAUAGAGUCGAACUUCCGCAGUUUGACAUUAAAGAAUAUAAAACUGUAGUAACAAUUGAGAAACUAACAACAGGAAACUACCAGCGACUCUCACUGAGUUUUAAGUUACAGCGGAAUAUUGGAUAUUUCAUAUUCCAGACAUAUUUGCCGUCCAUUUUGAUUGUAAUGCUGUCAUGGGUGUCAUUUUGGAUUAAUCAUGAAGCAACAUCAGCACGUGUGGCCUUGGGUAUCACCACUGUGUUGACAAUGACAACCAUCAGCAACGGGGUGCGGUCCUCUCUACCGCGAAUCUCUUAUGUCAAAGCUAUUGACAUUUAUCUGGUCAUGUGUUUCGUAUUUGUGUUCGCCGCCUUGCUGGAGUAUGCAGCGGUGAACUACACCUAUUGGGGGGGAAAAGCAAAGCGCAAAGCUAAGAAGCUACGUGAGAAAAACGAAACGCUCUACGAUAAAGACGAUAACGAAAACAGAAACGAUGUUUCCGAUAAUAUCGAGUUACGGGACCUGCGACUAUCCCCUAUCUUGGGCAUCCGAAACACGCAAAACUUCAACAUAGAUGUCGAAGAAAACUCUAAUACAUCUCCAAGUAUACACCUGGGUUCAUCGAUGCCGAGAGCUGCAGUUAGUCGAAGUUACAUUGGCAACAAUUUAAUACGUCGCAAGUCAGCCUCUGGCGCCUUACCUAGACGCCGGAAGCUUUUCACUCACUUCCGCCAAAAGGCGAAAAAUAUCAAAGCCAAAAUACCCAGAGUGCAAGAUGUAAACACCAUUGACAAAUACGCCAGACUUAUGUUUCCGUUAUUGUUUAUAAUAUUCAAUGUGUCCUACUGGGCAUUCUACUUAAUGCAAUGACUAUUACACACACGACACAAACUAAAUACACACAUAUUCUUCACCUAUUUGUUCUUCAAAUUUACAACCUUAAGCGCUACUUGAACCAAAUUCAUCCCCAAUAUAUCACUACUUUAUAUUAACACUAACACUACAAUUUAUCAGACAGUUUUUUUGUUGCGGCUACAGAUGUUUUACAAUGAUUAUAUUUGGAAUUCGUUCUUCUUCAAACAUUUCAUCCUGGCUGUCUAAAAUUUGAUUUUCUCUCAACUUAUUCCGCUAAGGAAGACUGGUCUUAUUACAAGAGACUUUUUCUAACGACACCAAGACGUUAAAAAUGACGUUUUGACAUCUAAAAGCACGACUUAGGUCAGAGUGAAAAAAGAAAGUACAGAUAAGCUUUGGGUUUUGUUUAUUGGUUUUUGAUUUGGUUUGGUUUUUGUUUGUUUUAUUUUUCUUUUGUUUUUAUGGGGGUUGUUUAUGGAAUCUGGGUGGGAUGAAUUCUUUGUUGGCAUUUCGAUAUUUCACGACUGGCAUUGAAGUCAUUAGUUUUUGGUACCAUUAAAAAUAUUAAAGAACUUGAUACAUCUACUCACUUCGACUUAACUCUAUUCUAAAGAGAUUGACUGGCUCAUAGAUUUACCACAAAAAAUUGGUAUAAUGUAUGCUGGAAAGUUGCAGUUAAAAUUGAUUACGGCUUAAACUGAUAAUGAAAUAAAUUAUUAUCGAAUUAACUGACUAACUUGUCCAACAAAACAAGGUAAAAAAAUAUAUAUCGUAUAGCAAAAUUAAUUAAUAUCCAAGUGUUUCAUCAAACUUGUCAUCUUCCAACAUGAAACUUGAGUUACAUACAAUCUAAUAAAUGUGUAGAUGUUUUAAUUAACCUGUUAACAUAUUAUGCUAAGCGAAGGACGAUUGGAAUUUUCAACCCAAAGUUAUU